AUGGGCGACUGGAGCUUUCUGGGGCGGCUGUUGGAGAACGCUCAGGAGCACUCGACGGUUAUCGGCAAAGUCUGGCUGACUGUCCUCUUCAUCUUCAGGAUCCUGGUGCUGGGGGCGGCGGCCGAGGAGGUCUGGGGCGACGAGCAGUCCGACUUCACCUGCAACACCCAGCAGCCCGGUUGCGAGAACGUCUGUUACGACGAGGCCUUCCCAAUCUCGCACAUCCGCUUCUGGGUUCUGCAGAUCAUCUUCGUGUCGACGCCGACCCUCAUCUACCUGGGCCACGUGCUGCACAUAGUCCGCAUGGAGGAGAAGCGGAAAGAGAAGGAGGAGGAGAUGCGCAAAGCCACCAGGUUCCAAGAGGAGAAAGAACUCCUUUAUAGAAACGGUGGAGAUGCUCGAGGAGGAAGAGGCGGCGGCAAGAAGGAAAAGCCGCCCAUCAGGGAUGAACACGGCAAAAUCCGCAUCAGAGGCGCUCUGCUGCGUACUUAUGUUUUCAACAUUAUUUUCAAGACCCUGUUUGAAGUGGGAUUCCUUUUGGGCCAGUAUUUCCUCUACGGCUUCCAGCUGAGGCCCCUGUACAAGUGUGCCCGUUGGCCCUGCCCCAACACCGUGGACUGCUUCAUCUCCAGGCCCACUGAAAAGACUAUUUUCAUUAUAUUUAUGCUUGUGGUGGCUUGCGUGUCUCUUUUGCUGAAUUUGUUAGAGAUCUAUCACCUCGGAUGGAAGAAAGUAAAACAGGGCAUGACCAACGAGUUUGCCCCUGACCGCGGGUUGCCUCGCUGCGUCAACAUAGCGGAGCCUGAGUGUUUGGCCUCGGGCUCCAGAACUGCCCCAUCCAGCCACAGCUACCCCCCCAACUACACAGAUGUGACGGCGGGCAGCGGGGCGUUCCUGCCGCCCAUCGGGCCGGCCGCCGUGCCCACGGCAGCAGAGUUCAAGAUGGACGACCUCCAGCAAAAGGAGAACCUCCGCCAGCCCUCGCCAUCCUCCCAUUACUACAUCAGCAACAACAACAACCACAGGCUGGCCACGCAGCAGAACUGGGCCAAUCUGGCCACUGAGCAGCAGACUCGGGAGAUGAAGGCCACCUCCCCUUCCCCUUCCCCUUCCCCCUCUUCCUCCACCAGCUCCGACAACGAGCAGCAGCAGCAGCAGCCGCCCGUCGAUGCUGCGCUCCUCCUUCCCACCAGCAACACCACCAGUAACACCAACAUCACCAACACGACCGCCGCCGCCGCCUCAAGCAGCAGCAGCAGCCCGGGCGCCACCUCUACCGCGGGCAGCUGGGGCGGGGGGAAGAGCGAGCAGGAGGAAGGCCACGUCACCACCACCACGGUGGAGAUGCACGAGCCUCCGGCGACGGUCGGUACAGACCCGCGGCGGCUCAGCCGGGCCAGCAGGUGCAGCAGCAUCAGGGCCAGGCCGAGCGACCUGUCUGUUUGA